UGUUACUUCGAUUUAAAUGCGCUUGCGGCGACCAAGGCAUCUGCGAGCGACGCUCCCGCUCCCGAAAGUGGGGAGAGAAGGGUGUGGAACUCGCAUUGCAAUUUUGGCAACGCGUCUUCCCCGGCGCGAGAGAGGGCAGGAAGAAGGGGUUGAAUCUGGAAAGGCGCUUCCAUUUUGGUUCUCCUUGGUUUAUUUUGACCGAUGGAAUCGGAUAAUAUCGAGUGCAUCUCCGUGUCGGACGGGAUGGUGGACGACGACGAGGUCGCCCAUGUUCCCCACCCCUUCUUGAAGCCCCACGGCGAUGGGAACGGAACUGUCAUCGGCUGCGCCGGCGGCUUUCCGGCGCCGGUUAUAAGCCCGGUGACUAGGGUGCAUCAGUUGCUGGAGUGCCCCGUCUGCACCAACUCGAUGUACCCCCCGAUCCACCAGUGCCACAAUGGACACACCCUAUGUUCAGCUUGUAAGUCAAGGGUACAUAAUCGUUGCCCCACAUGUAGGCAAGAGCUUGGAGACAUCAGAUGUCUGGCCUUGGAGAAAGUGGCGGAGUCACUCGAUCUUCCUUGCCGAUAUUUUUCGCUGGGGUGCCCUGAAAGUUUUCCAUAUUACAGCAAACUCAAGCAUGAAGCUCAAAGCGAUUUCAGGCCACACAACUGCACCGAUGCUGGUUCUGAGUGUUCUGUUGUUGGGGAUAUUCCAUUCCUCGUUGCUCAUUUAAGGGAGGAACACCAGGUAGAUAUGCACGUUGGUUCUGCAUUCAACCAUAGAUAUGUGAAAUCCAAUCCCAGAGAGGUUGAAAAUGCUUCCUGGGUGUUGACUGUGUUCCACUGUCGUUUCAUGGGUGAUGAGAAUGAAGCAAUGCACUGUAGCUACAGCCUUGUAGUUGGUUCAAAUGGCAGGAAACUUACGUGAGAAGGCACCCCUCGGAGCAAUCGUGACAGCCACCAGAGUUCGAGACAGCCAUGGCGGUCUCAUGAUUCAGAGGAACGUGGCACUUCUCCGGUGGAGACAGGAAGGAGCUGAAACUGCGGUUACUGGUGGUCGCAUAUGGAAGGAGCAGCAGAAUCUCGAUGGUGGAGCAUGCGGUAUUGAAUCCCUGUGACUGAUAGUCCACAAGCUUUUGUCACUGGUUGUGAUUGUGCGAAGCAGGUGCAUCCAUGACGCUGCUGCUGUCAAUAUUUGGCUGUGCUUUCCACUGUUCAGUUGAAUUGUUGAGAGGAGGGAUAUGUAUGGAUAUAAUAAGCAAAGCUUCUUCUCCAUCUUAUCUCGGUGUUAUUCUGAAAGAAAGCCUUUUUUUUUUUAUCUCAUGUUAUUUCAAAGUGUCUUUUUUG